AGUGGCUCUGGGUCGGAACCAGCCCCUGAAGAAGGAGAAACCCAAAUGGAAGAGCGAUUACCCCAUGACGGACGGGCAGCUCCGCAGCAAGAGGGACGAAUUUUGGGACACGGCCCCAGCCUUCGAGGGCAGGAAGGAAAUUUGGGAUGCCCUCAAAGCCGCUGCCCACGCCUUUGAGAGCAACGACCACGAGCUGGCACAAGCAAUCAUCGAUGGUGCAAACAUCACCCUGCCCCACGGUGCUCUCACCGAGUGCUACGACGAGCUGGGCAACCGCUACCAGCUGCCCGUGUACUGCCUGGCGCCGCCCGUCAACAUGAUCGAGGAGAAGGGCGACCUGGAGAGCCUGGACAUCCCCGAGCCCCCGGCCAGCUCGGGCCACGAGUGCCAGCUGCGGCUGCGCCUGUCCACGGGCAAGGACCUGCGGCUGGCCGUGCGCAGCCUGGACUCCGUCUACCACAUGAAGCGCCGGCUGCACGCCGCCGAGGGAGUGGAGCCGGCCAGCCAGCGCUGGUUCUUCUCCGGGAGGCCCCUGGCUGACAAAAUGAAACUGGAGGAGCUGAAAAUCCCAAAGGAUUACGUGGUGCAAGUCAUCGUCAGCCAGCCCCUGGCCAACCCCACCCCGGUGGAGAAUUGAGGGGCUCGGUGGCUCUGCUCUCCUCUGCCUCUCUCUCGUGGGGGUUUGGGUUUUUGGGGUUGUCCCGCUCCUGCGGGUGGGUUGCAAGGAGUGAGCGGCAGAAAAAAUUCUCUGUCUGCGAUGGAGAGCUGCAAAAAUGUCCAAGUGUGACCUGGCCUCUGGGGUUUGGCUGAUCUCCUGUCGAGCACGACAGCGAGAGGAACGGGGCAAGGGAAGGGAAGGGAAAAGAGGGAGGGAAGAGAUUGUUCGCUUAGCACGGACGUGGAAUGAUCCUGAAAUCCUCAGUGGUGAGGCUGGAGCAGCAGAGAGCGCUUUUAUUUAACAAACCAACUUGAAUGGGAGUGGAUGUCUCCAGCUCCAGACCAGCAGCACACGCAGUUCCUGCAGGCCAGGGGGCUCUGCUGGGGCUCAGGCAGCCCUGGGCUCAGAGCUGGGCUGGGCUUUGCUCUCUGGCAGCUCCUGGUGCUGCUCAGACCCAGCAGUUGUACAUUCCAAGGUGGCAAUAACUCAGCCCUGCCUGCAUCGACCUGCUCCAGCCCUGCAGCCUCAGCUCCUGCCUCACCUGGGGCUGUGCUGCUCCGUUCCUGCCCCUCACAGCAGCCCCAGGCUGUGCUCAGGUGAGCCAAGGUGAGCUGGGAGUGCAGCCCCUGUGUCCCACACAUCCCUGGGAGCUGGCUCUGAAUUCCUGGGUUCAGGUGGCUCUGAGAUCCUGAGUUCAAGUGGCUCUGAAUUCCUGAGUUCAGUGAUUCUGAAUUCCUAAGUUCAAGUGGC